AUGGAUUACCAGAAUCGAGUCGGCUCCAAGUUCGGAGGUGGCGGUGUUGCCGGUGCUUCAGAGACGAAUGUCGAUAGGAGGGAACGUUUGAGAAAGCUAGCUCUUGAGACUAUUGAUCUCGCCAAGGACCCAUACAUCCUCCGCAACCACCUUGGUUCUUUGGAAUGCCGACUAUGUCUCACCCUUCAUACCAACGAGGGCUCAUACCUUGCGCACACGCAAGGCAAAAAGCAUCAGACCAAUCUCGCCCGGCGUGCCGCGCGCGACCUGAAGGAGACACAGCUGAUGAUCGCACCUGCUCAAAGUAAUGUGCAGCGAAAAGUCUUCUUAAAGAUUGGUCGCCCCGGUUACCGCGUCACGAAAGUUCGUGACAGGGACACGGGAAAAGAAGGAAUGAUGGUGCAGGUGCACUUGCCACAAAUCAAGCCUGGCGUGAUCCCCAGGAGACGGUUCAUGAGUGCUUGGGAGCAGAAGAGAGAGCCGCCAAAUAAAGCCUAUCAGUACCUAAUUGUCGCAGCGGAGCCGUACGAGACGAUUGCGUUUCGUAUCCCCGCCCGAGAAAUCGAGGAUGAGUCGGACGACGCCGGAUACUGGAACUGGUCGCAUUGGGACCCAGACACCAAGCAGUAUAGUUUCCAGUUCAUGUUCCGUCUUCGCUACUGA